GACAUUGUUGACUUCCAUUUUUUAUUUCAAAAUCUUUCACAGAUCAAAAUGUAAACAAAGAGCAGAUUACUGUGAUUAACAAGACUAUGACGUAGAUCUAAUUAGUCUCUUAGAUCUACAUGACAUGAUACACUCAUACAAUUAACUUCCAUUUAAACAUCUCUUUGUUAUCCACUUGAGCAUAGACAUUAUGUCAGCACAGCCUAGUGAACAAGAGUUUGAGUGUGCGAUCUGUAAAGACUGUUAUACAAAACCUUGUUGCAUACAGCCAUGCCAACAUGUGUACUGUUUUGAUUGCCUCCAGAAUUUGUGUCUAAGCUUAGACCCAUACUGUCCACAGUGCAGAUGCUACAUAGAAUCCACAAGUCCAGCUCCUCACAUUGAACGUUUAAUGUCAAGGUGCAUUAUUAAUUGCUCUGAUUGCAAUAACUCUGUACCAGCCAGCAAGAUGAAACAACACAAGUCUAUUUGUCCUGCUGCUCAGAGAAUGCAGCACAUAUUAACACAGUCUGCACCUACAGUACUUGGCGCCCACAGUAGCGUGCCCAACAGAUCUACAUUUUCUUGUCCAUAUUGUAACAAAGCCAACCUUUUACGAGACCAGCUUAUACAGCACUGUAGUACUGACCAUCAUAAUGACUUGAAGAGAGUGGUGUGUCCAAUAUGUGCUUCCAUGCCUUGGGGAGAUCAGAAUCUUAAGAGUUCCAAUUUUCUUCGUCACCUCCACACAAGACACAAAUUUGACUAUGAUACUUAUGUGGACUUUGAACAGGAUGAUGAUGCAAUGCUACAUUUAGCUGUGCAAGCUUCUUUGGAUGAUUUUUGAUAAAUGUAGGUCAUGAAAAAAAUUACUCUAGCCUUGUAUAGGUCAAGGUUGUUUUGUGUAGAAAUAGCAUUUUUUCCUUAUAUCUAAGCAUAGAAGUGAUUAUGUUUGAUAAUCAAACUAAGGACAAUAAUUAUUGGCUACCAGAUUUUGCUUAUAUUUUAUGAAAUAUUUAUAAACAGUUUUAUACAUUUACAUUAUACUAAUAGCAUUUUUUUUAAAAUCUGUACUUGAUUUCUUGAAUAAGUAUUUAAUGGCUGAUGUAUGCUCGUUGGCGACUUGUGAAUUUCAUAGUCUAAAUUUUUAAGGACUAAUCUUCAAAUUUCUUUGUUAUUGAUCACAUUCAACAUGCUGCACUGAUUAUGCCUCUAAUCAAUAUGAUAUUAUUUGUCUAUAAUUGUUCACCAGUCACUUACCAAUUAGUGACACCUGAUAGGUUACUAAAAAAUGUUUUUGAAAUGUUCUCAUAUUUAGGAAUGAUUUCUAGUCUUAUAAAUCUGCAUAAUACAAGUAAAAUAAAAAUAUGAUGACUUUUUCACAAAAUAAUAGCCAAAAAAAAAGUUAUAUAAUUAUUUUAAAAAAUUCUCAAUAAUAUCUAACAAGAAAAACAUAAAAAAAAAAACAAAGCUUAUAUUAAAUGUAAUUGUAUCAAUUAGUUUGGAUCAGUCAAGUAAUUAUAUGUAUGAGUGACUUGGACAUGUAAACAUAUGUGAUAGAAAUAUUUUACCAAUUGUUUUAAUUUAGCUUUUAGUUUCCUUAAUGCGCUAUGAUCCUAUCACUUGUCUGGGCCAAUAGUGAAAGGGGGAGGGAAGAAGGGGGUAUCCUGGUGAAUGUAUAUUUGGUUGUUUUUAUAAAUAUAAAAAAAAAAAUUCACUCAGGGCUCAAGGGGACUAAUUAUUAUUAUUAUAGCUUUUAUAUAGUGCUACUUUCAUGCUUAUAGCAUUCUCAGAGCGCUUUUUUGGUCCAAUCUCAUUUGUGGACCAGUGGGGGGGAGGGGGUAUCUAGGAGUUAAUUUUCCGUGCUGCCUUUAGGCGCUCAGUAAACACAACUCUGCCCGAGUCGGUUGUUGAACCUCGAGCCCCCUUCUAGGUAGCCAAGACUAGCCAAGUUCAAGCGCACUUGGCCUCUCGACCACGCUUAUACCAUCACAUUUUUCAAGUACGAUUGCUUUUCCUUGUUCAAGAUACCAAACAAAAUAAUUAAUUACCAAUGUAAAAGACAGUUUGCACUUUAAAAAAAAAAAGGAGAUUUUUUUUUGUCUAGGCCAGGGGAAAGCAACAUUUUUUUUAUCGAGAGCUGCCAUAAAAAAAAUUUGGGAAAGGGGGGUCACAUAUACUUGCAUUUUAACUUUUGUAAACUAUGUAUAAUGUCUUUUAACUAACAUUUAUAUACAUUCACUUCUAAUUUUUCACAUUCCCAAUUAAGGAAUUACAACAAGAGUUCUGGAUAUAUAUAGUCUUUUACAUCUGAUUUGAUCACAAAUGUUUAGUUGUUCUUAAUGUACACUAUUUGCACUAGUGCAUAAUAUUUCUUAAAAAAUCAAAAGAUUUCUUUUUCCUGUGUUUAAUAUGCUAAAAAAAAAUCACCAUACCACAAACAUGACUUUUACUUUAUCAUUGUAGAUCAUUUUUUUAUUUAACAAAUUCUUACAACAAUGGUACAAUCGCUGACCACACAGAGAGAAAAAGUCGAAAAGGUUUCUAUUGUAUAUAAACUCUGUGAUGUAAGCUUCUGAUUUUAUUGGACCAGUGUUAUUAUACUGGCCUAACUAUUUUUGUAUUAUCUGAAGAAUUUUUAAAAUCUCUAUUUUUUUAUUGGUAUAUUUUGUUUCUUUAAACUACACUUAACACCCAAGCGCUAAUGAUGUCUCAAUGAUAAAUCAGCUUGACCUUUUCUUUUUUGAUGUGUUCUAUUAUACCAGUGGAGUUUGAUAUUAUGGAUAAUAGUAUUAAACAUAUCAAUGUCCAUUUUGAGGGCAGAUCAGACUUUUUGUCAUUGCUAAAUGUAACUUAUCCUCUUAUCUUAUAAAAUACAGAUGUUAUGUGCAUCCUUGGGUCAAUCUAGUCACGCAUGUUAAUCAAUGACUUAAACUCUGCCAAGUUAUUGGUUUUCCUGGCUGACUCAGUUGACAUUUUGUUCAACAUUUCUGUUACCAUCAGGGCACUUAUCUUCUCACAAGUCUAUUUUGAUUACAGAGAAGAAUGUUGAGGGUGUGUAAGCACUGAUGUAAGAGAACUAUGGCAAGGUCUAAGAGAAUUAGCUUUUUUUUUUUUCGUUUUUAUUUGUGAUGUUUCUGGUUUUUUUUUUAUUUCUGGAAAAGUAAGAGUCAGACAAGUGUCUUUAUCAGUGACCAAGAUAGAUUAGUUAACAACGGAAAUCAUCAUCUUGUUUGUUAUGUACAGAGAGAUAAAAAGUUAAAUCUAAAUGCAUUUAUUCACUUUGAAAAUAAUAAGAUGAAAUGUUGCUUUAGAAACUGUGUGUUCAUAACAGUGAGACAUUACAGUACCAUGUAACAAUAAAGAUACGAACACAU